UGACAUUUGCUCAUUACAGGCAGCAGCAGAGCGCAGAGUGGCAGCACCUUCCGACUCACAGCUCCUGUCUGUGCCCGGACACCCUCGCCGGGAGGCGGAUCCCGCCCGGAACUCCAUGGCUCUCCUGUUACUGCUUGUGGCCGGACUCCUGCGCCCCGGCGCCCCCAGCCCCACUCCCGAGCCCGGCUGCCCGUCCUGCCACCCCCCGAUGGAGCCGGAGAUGCUGGAGGCGGUGAAGCGCCACAUCCUCAGUCUGUUACAGAUGCAGGAUCGGCCGAACAUCACCCACACGGUGCCCCGGGCCGCCAUGGUCUCUGCCCUGCGGAAACUGCACGCCGGGCGGGUCCGGGAUGAUGGGAACCUGGAGAUCCCCGAUAUGGACGGACACAGCCUUCCGCCCCCCGGGAAUAGCGCCGAGAGUAGCGCCGAGAUCAUCAGCUUCGCCGAGACAGACGACGUUACGGCCUCCCGGGUCCGACUCUCCUUCGCCAUCGCCAACGAGGGGAACCAGAACCUAUUGGUGUUCCAGUCCAACCUGUGGCUUUACCUGAAGCUCCCGGAGGUGAUGGACAAGAGCCGGCGCAAGAUCCGCAUCAAGGUCCAUUUCCAGGACGCGUUCAACCCGGGCAAAACCAACGUGGUGGAGAAGAAGGUGGACAUUCGGCGCAGCGGCUGGCACACCUUCCCCCUGACCGAGGCCGUCCAAUCGCUGUUUGAGGAGGGCGAGCGGAGGCUCAACCUGGAGGUCCAGUGCGACGGCUGCGGGGAAUAUUCCGUCAUCCCCGUCUAUGUGGACCCCGGAGAGGAGUCGCACCGGCCCUUCCUGGUGGUGCACGCCCGGCUGGCCGACAACAAGCACCGCAUCCGGAAACGGGGCCUGGAGUGCGACGGGCGCACCAACCUCUGCUGCCGGCAACAGUUCUACAUUGACUUUCGCCUGAUUGGCUGGAACGACUGGAUAAUAGCCCCUGCCGGUUAUUACGGCAAUUACUGCGAGGGCAGUUGCCCGGCCUACUUGGCCGGAGUCCCCGGCUCCGCCUCGUCCUUUCACACGGCCGUGGUGAACCAGUACCGGAUGAGGGGGCUGAACCCCGGCACGGUCAACUCCUGCUGCAUCCCCACCAAGCUCAGCACCAUGUCCAUGCUUUACUUCGAUGACGAGUACAACAUCGUCAAGCGGGACGUGCCCAACAUGAUCGUGGAGGAGUGCGGCUGUGCAUGAUGGGAAAGUUGAGGACGGUAUCAAGUUCCUUGUGAUCCCUGCCGCCCGUGGGUUCCGCGGAGGUCGACGUCCGACGCCUGAGAGCGGUGGAGCCCCCUGGCCGACUCCACCAACAUCACAAUAUCUCAUGGCGGCGGCCGGCCGACGCGUUCACUCGGCGCCAAGCGAGUCCUGGCAAAUAACGGAUAGAAACAAAAGGGGCGCUCGACCCGCCUUAAGAGGGAGUAGGGCAACUCCAAGGGCACAUUCCUUCCUUCUCAAGUGACCAACCAAAACCUACCCCUUCCGACCCGGCGACUCUCCGUGUAACUCGCCCAUAGCACUUUGUAGAGAGGGAUGUAUAGUGACUUGUAGUGGAACUACAGGGGGGCCCCCGGCUCCUGUUUCAUGAUGAUGGGGGGCAAGCACUUGGCUGAACCUUCAGUGCCCAAACGACUCCGGCACAAUCCCAGCUCCUGUGUGCAAUAGGGCCCCGCGCUUCCGCUGCCCCCCACACAACAGAACUGUAUUGAGAAACCCCCCGUCUUUAUCUCAGAACCCUCGGAGCUGCCACUUACGGCACCACGAGAGGCUCCUUUGAUUGGCUGACUCACCUUGUUAUUGGCCGCCCAGCGGGUUAAUAAAUGGACAGAGACUGAACCGUCUGCCCGACUAUACGGGCCCUUCAGGCCGGCGGCCACCUUAGAAGCACUUGCAGCUGCCGACGACGCGUUUCAAACCAAUUUGCACUUCUCACUGCCUUGAAUGGACGGCACUUGACGGUGCACUUACCCUGACUCAGUAUCCGGCCGUCGGCGGCUCGUCCUGCCCCCGGUUUGGGCAGGUGGGAUGUACCUGUGGCCCUGGGGGGCAACUCUAUAACAAUCUAAUGGCCCCUUGCCACACCGUGCCGGGACGCGGCACUCAUAUCAUUUCAUUCUGUUUAUGGUGGAGCCGGAUGAUCAAACCCCCCCCCUUACUGCUUUGGCCCCCUGGCACUUAAGCCUUAUUGUGCCCUUGCAAUGCCCCAGCCUGGCGGUGCCGGGGCCCCUAUCUGCCCCCCCGGGGGGCCGAGUGCCUGAGCUAUGCAUUUCACAUACACUGGACAGGAAAGACUUCACGGCAAACUUAUUGGGUUUUUGUUUUUUUUUGCUAAUAUAUAAAUAUCUAUAUUUUUUAUACUUGAAAAUGGAUUUUGUCGGCUGAAUUGUGUGUUUUUCUCGGAAGCGAAGGAAUGGGACGUUUUGCACUGAAUCUGCGCAUUAUUCAAACACAAACUGCCAUUUUUUAUUUGUACGGGAGAAAAAAAAGAGAAAAAUGGCUAUUUUUAUAGAGACGGAACUUUUUACUGUAAUUCUAAAGCGUUUUGGAACCAAAGAGGCCGAUUUGUCGUUCCGCGGCGACCGCUCUAUUUUAUCUCGUCUUUUCUACUGCGAAUGAAUGUAGAACCGGGGGGAUUCCCGGCCCCCUUAGUAUCAAAUACGCACGUUCCUAUACCCGCUCUUAUUUAAUAUGGCGUUUCCUUAGUAACGGGACUUAUUCGUAAUAAUUUAAACACCAAACGUUAGAAGCAAAUUCCUGCUGUACAGUCCAAUAAAGGGAAUAUGGAAACCGGA